UUUGUUAUUCACAGAUGUUCCUUAAGUAGACGCUCUUCUUUCUCAGAAAUUAAACUGACAAUAGUUCGAUUGACUUCAUGGAAAGUAGGUCACCGUCUCGACAACAAGGGCUUCAGUCAUGUGUACGACUGUAAUUCUUCCGUUGAAUAUCACUCAACGAGUGGUAGAAUAGUUUCUGAUAGUACGUGUUAAAUUCGUAAAAAUCGUUUCAGUUAUGGAUCUGAGAUUCCUUUAUUAUUUUGGUCAGUGUGAGAACAGUUUGCCAGUGAGCCAAAUGUUGCUUUGAACAACAGACUUCCGUCGUGCUGCAGUUCACUGCGAUUUAGACACAACAGAGAAAUUCCAGUCCUGAAAAGAGGGCAAAGCUGCCACCAUGUCGAACGACUUUUUCUCGCUGCGGGACCUGCGCACCAGCAGGAGCAAGAAUUUCCUGGACGCUGACGACAUCCCCGUGCUGACCUUCGAGGACUCUCUGGACACCGGCAGCGGCUACCACUCGUGGAGGCACCACAACAGUGGCGGCAGCUCGUCCCCGGAGGACCACUUCGACCACCACCGGCCACAGGCCGCGGGGAAGCCGAGGAAGGUCCCGCGACCGCACACCAAGCAGGGCCACUCGAGCAUCGAGGACUUCUUCGCCAAGAGGGACCGCCGCAAGAACCGCAAGGCGGCCGGCCGCCUGGUGCCUGCAGAGGUGGCCCGCCGCAUCCUGGAGAUCAACGCGCGACAGAGCGCCGGGGACGCGCCACUGGAAGGUGAGGGCGCGCUGGAGCCCGAGGCUGGCUCCGCCGGGCAGGCACCGGGGCAGGUCCCGACGAACGAGGUCGCAGACGACUCGCUGCAGGUGGUCAAGCCGCCGCCGGAAGGCUGGGAACACGAGGCGGAUGGAGAUGGUGAGUGUGUGAAUGACGGCAGUUGGUUCGGCGCAGAAUUGCCCCAAAGCAGUCGAAUGCAAGAGGAACUGCAGGUUUCCUGGGAAGAAGGUUAUUUGGCUUUGCAAACGAGAAGUACGGGAGCAUACUUACCACCACAGCUUCGCCAAAGGCAGAGCGAAAGAGCCCGUGUCUCCGAGAGGCGUUCACUUGGUGGUCUGCAGAGCGCAGGCGGUGGAGAGGCCUCAGCGCCGGACAUUGGCUGCUUGCAGGCGUUUCCGGCGCUGGGAAGCGGCGGAGGAAGCGCUGCCGGCGGCAGCGGGGGCGGCUGGGGUUGCAGGAUCCCACGCUGAGCUCCCAGCUCCCCAGGCAGAGACUGCCUAUCGUUUUGGCUUAUGUGCCACGCUUAUUGUGUUCAUGUGUUUGUAAUUUUAAAUUUACUGUUUUCGUUAAAUGAAGAUAAUACAACUGAAGUCUGAA